UGCAUCCAAUUUCUAUCACUCAUUAUGAUGUGGUGGGCAAUGUGUUUUGAACUUCGCUGAGCCUCAGUUUGCUCAUCAAUAAGAGAUGGGAGUGUUAUGUGACUUCCAUAAGUUACCUGUGUAAAAAUCUGGCCAUAAUGACUGUGAUUUAAAAGAUGAAGUUGUUAUGUGGCCUCCAUAAGGUAAGUGUGUAAAAAUCUGGCCAUAAUGACUGUAAUUUAAAAUAUGAAGUUGUUAUGUGGCUUCAAUAAGGUAAGUGUAUAAAAAUCUAGACAAGAUACCUAUAAAUUUGUAAGUGUUCAAUAUAUAGAGAAGGAGGAUUGUUUUUCUCUCAUCUAAUUUUUAGAGCAAGCUUAUAAAAUUGGUGUGAUAUUUUAUAGAUAAUCAAACCAAGAGUCAGAGAGAUUGAAUAAGUCACCAUAGUCACAAAGCAGUUCACAAUACAUACUGGGUAAUUGUUAUGUAUUAGUAGCAAUGAGGAUCACAUUUAAAAUCUUGUAUUAACGGGGUGGUUUUCUCUUCCAUAAGCCUCUUUCUUUGUUGAAACCAUAAAUUUCAAGUUGCUCUAUGAAAGUGAGCAUUAGAAAAUUGUGAUGAAGUUAGUGUACAAAUUUUAGGAAGUUUUCUCUAUUAGUCUCGUUAAUUAGGUGGAAUAUGUGUAUUAUUUUCAAAAAAGGUAAAUUGAAUGUAUAUGUAUUGAAUAUAUAAAAAACUUUACAUUGUAGGGUAGCCUUAAGUCAUGGCAGUGUGUUUUUCUGAAAGCACAUGCAGAAAUCUGUCAUUCUUCUAGUUUCCAUAAAGCUCAGAGGUUAUGGGGGAAAGGAGGUUCUUUGAGUCCCAGAUAGUGCAUGAGGCGGAUUUGGUUUCAGUAAUUUUAGCAUCAUUCAUUGUAAGGUGAUGAGCCCUAGGAACAUCAUCACAGUGAGAAACCUGAAAGCUCCCAGCAGCCAGUAAUGAAUGAAAGGUGGGCGGGACCGCUGGCAGGGUGGGGCCUAGUGAGCCUUGUGCCUAUUCCCUCAAGUUCCGAGUUUGGGGGAAGUAUGGAGGUGCCCUGGGCCUGAUUGUUUCCUCUUAACCAGGAUGCGGUCUGGUUGGCAGGUCAAGCGGCCUUCCCCUGGUGGCCUUCAGUGGUUGCCUUUGUUUUGUGCCCUUAGUUGGUACCCUCUGUUGGUGGUCUUCAGUUGGAGGUCUUCAGUGGGGGAUCUUCAGUUCGUGGGUAGUGGCGGAGGAUGAGGAGCUCCAUCUGUGCUCUCUCCUCCCACAGUCACAGCUGUCAGGUUUGGUGCAUCCAGGCCCAUUCUAAAUCAACCAGGCAGGUUCUGACUGCUGCAGAGAAGUCAGCUCAGGGUGGACAGGUGAGGCAGGGUGCUGGCUGCAAGUAGGGUACAGCCCCAUGGUCCAGGGCUGUCCUGGACAUGGUAGGUGUGGAGCUCUGCAGACAUAUGGGCAGGCAGAGGCCCAAGCGCCCAAGAAAAUCAGAAUUGCCCCAUGGGGACCACACUGACCAGUCACAUGUGCACCAAAGUCAACCCCAGGCAGAGCCCCCACAGGGGUUCUGUGGAGCCAUCCUGGGGCUGAGAUAUCUAUGAAUGGACAGCCAGCAAAGGCACAGACCCCAGCAGAAAGGAGCAGAAGUGCCUGGAACACGCUGUCCCCCAUUGCCAGACCCAAGCGGGGCCAGCUCAGGGUGACGUCAAGGGAGCCGUCCUGCAGCUCUGAGAUCUAUGAGGUGGAGGUGACAGUAGCGCCAGACCCCACUGCUUUGGAGCCUGCCCAGUCGGAUUUGGGAGCCAGCAAGGGUCGUGACUUGCAGCACAUUGGUGACCAGAAGACAACCAAAGGGAGAGGAGCUGAAGACCUUCUGGUGUGGUCUGGGUGGGGCAGUUCAGUUGCAGGAGAAACAGCUCGAGUGUGGAGAGGUGGCGGUCCUCCGUGGGAUGCUUUCUAAGGAGCCUGAGAAAUGAACGUAGAGCUUCUUCUAUCUGAUUUUCUCACAACUAUAAACCUUCCAUGAGUCAAGCUUUGUGUCAAAAGGACAAAUUAAAAGGCAAGAAAAUAAAAUUGCAA